CAGUAUCGCCCAUCUCUUGCGUUAGCGAGUGAUAAACGAUGUGAUUUGUUUAGUGCUUCGGGUGUUUCGUUUCGAUUUGGAUCAAUCGUUUCUGAAUUUUGUUUGUGAUUAAAACUAUAGAAAAGCCUGUGUAGUGCACUCAUAAAAUCUCAGUAGUUUGGUUUCCGGCUAUAAAUAAUUCAUUGUUGAAAGGUCAAACGUGCAAAGGUCCAGCCAAAACAGAUUGCGUAAUUGCAGAUUCUCUUGAACGAUAUUCUGCAUACUGAAGCUUUGGGAUGAUGGAAGAAACAGGAAAAACAACUCCAGAUAAAGUGUCCCUUUCCAAUGGGUCUACGUCAACGGCAGCAGUGAAUGGGGCUGCAUAUAGAUCGACCGAGGAAAUAGAAAUCCCUGUACCGUGGGGCACUGUGGCAGGCAAAUGGUGGGGUUCCCGUCAAAAGCAGCCGGUGCUGGCUCUCCACGGCUGGCAGGAUAAUGCGGGUACGUUCGAUCGACUCUGUCCACUACUACCAGACGAGGUUCCGAUCUUAGCUAUCGAUCUUCCCGGCCACGGUAAAUCGUCCCACUACCCAAAGGGAAUGCAUUAUUAUGUAUUUUGGGAUGGAAUCUCGCUGAUUCGACGAAUCGUUCACUACUACGGUUGGACGAAGAUCUGGCUGCUCGGUCAUUCACUAGGCGGUGCUUUGAGCUUCAUGUACGCGGCGGCCUUCCCAGACGAUGUCGAAGGGUUCAUCAGUAUUGAUAUCGCUGGACCUCCGGCACGCUGCCAUCGCAAACAGGCUGCUAAUUUGGGCGAAAGUAUCGACCGAUUUCUACGCUACGAAACGUUCCCGGAUUUGAAAACACCGUGCUAUAAGUAUGACGAUGCGAUUGAUGUGGUUCUGGCUGCCUACGAUGGGUCCGUAGAUCUACAAUCGGCAGAAGUUCUUUCACGACGGGGCAUGGUACCAGCGCCAGCUCACCUGAACAAGGAAGGAUUUUGCUUCUCGAGAGAUUUACGGUUGAAGGUGGCCUUGAUGGGCAUGCUUUCGCUGGAGCAAAUACUGGCGCAUGCCGAGAGAAUCAAGUGCAAAGUGCUGAACAUUCGUGCUGUGCCGGGGCUUCAGUUCGAUAAUCCUGACUACUAUCCGAGUGUGGUGGAAGCCAUGAGCAAGUCCUCCGACAAAGUUGUGUACCUUGAAAUCCCGGGCACUCACCACCUUCAUCUCACGACACCGGAACGAAUAUCUGAGCAUGUUACGGAUUUUCUGUACAAUAGAAACUAAUAAGCUAGUUUUGAUUUUUGUAACUUUAUACAUUCGUAACUCACAAAUCUCUGCACAGCAGUUUAUCCGUAUCAGUACUUGUUGUUACACAGCGCACUCCUUAAUAUGCUUGCUGAAAGCGGCAUUCAUUGUAACCGAUUUAGAACAAAACUAGGCAUGUGAUUUCAAACAAAUUUGCAGCCCUAUUUAUGCUUAGUAUAAUAGACAAAAUUUCAUUGGGAGUGAGGAAUAAAUUUGAUUAAGUGAAGAGGUAGAGAUAAGUAGCGGUAUCAUAAGAUUUAGGAAUUCCAGGGAAGCAGAAAGAUUGUUAAAGGGAACUGCUGCUGUUUUGCGUUUCUUUUUCUAACAAUUCAAUGGGCGGUUUUUUAAUAUUGGAAACGCAGAACAGCAGGUAGAAUGUGAUAAAUAGAUUUUUGUACGUCUUUCAGCGAAUAAUACACUUUUUGUAUUUUGUUAUGAUUGAA